AUGUCUGAAACAAAACAGGUUAAAGUAUUUAAAGGACUAAUUAUUGAUACUCCAACUUCUAACCAAAUCAGAUUUAGAGACUCUUUUAUUGGAGUUGAAAAUGGUUCUAUUAUUUUCAUUGAAAAUACACUUCCAAAACAAUACUCAGAAAAUGAUGUAAUUGUUUUAAAGAGUGGUGAAUUUUUAUUCCCAGGACUUAUAGAUUGUCAUCUUCAUGCUCCACAAUACGCAUUUAUUGGAACUGCUUUUGGUAAACCUUUACUUGAAUGGUUAGAAGCUACAGUUCAUAAAUUUGAACCAAAAUGUGCUGAUAAGAAUUAUGCAGAAAAGCUUUAUAAUCAAGUUGUACGAAAGACAUUACAAAAUGGUACAACUACUGCCUCUUAUUUUGGGACUAUUCACACAGAUUCAGAUAUAAUUCUUGCUAAUAUUUGUGAAAAAAGACAUCAACGUGCUUUUAUUGGAAAAGUUAAUCAAGACCAAAUGUUCCCUGAUAAUUUAAAAGAAAGUACAGAUAAAAGUAUUCAAGAGACAAUUAGGUUCAUUGAAUCUUUUAAGGGUUAUCAUUUUGUUAAACCAAUCAUUACUCCUCGUUUUGCUGUUUCAUGUACUCGAGACCUUAUGAAAAAACUUGGUCAACUUGCACAAGAAAGAGAUGUUUUCCUUCAAACACAUCUUUCUGAAUCACCAGGAGAAUGUGAUUUAAUUAAAAGUAUGUAUCCUGAAUGUAAAAAUUAUACUGAUGUGUAUGAACAAUAUGAGUGUCUUACUGAUAAAACUCUUCUUGCACAUUCAAUCCAUCUUUCAGAUGAAGAAAUGGAUGUUAUUAAAAAACAUGAAAGUUCACUUAUCCAUUGUCCAAAUGCUAAUUUAACAAUGAAAUCAGGAUUUUGUCCAGUAAAAAAAGCUCUUGGUAAAGGAAUAAAAAUGGGAAUGGGAACUGAUAUUGCAGGUGGUUUUUCUGCUUCCAUUCUUGACUCAAUGAGACUUGGACUUAUUGUUGGUAAUAUCAAUGACAUUGUAAAUAAAACAGAACCAGUUUCAUUAUCAGAGAUUAUUUAUUUAGCAACAAAUGGUGGAGCUCAUUGUUUAAAUAUGCAAGACCAAAUUGGAUCAUUUGAAGUUGGUAAAAAGUUUGAUGCUUUAAGAGUUGACUUAAAUGCUAAUGAUUCUCCAAUUGACCUUUUUGAAUGGAAUAGUAAUGAACAAAUGGUAGAGAGAUUUAUUUUACAAGGAGAUUCUAGAGUAAUAAAAGAAGUCUAUGUUGAAGGAAGUUUAGUUGAUACUUCUAUUUAA